AUCGCCUCUCCAGCAAUCGCCUUUUCCCCCGAAGAUCCGACGCAGGCGUUCAAAAUGGGUAAUGAUGGCGGAAGUAUUCCAACUCGUCGGGAGCUUGUCAAAGAAGCCGCCAAAGCCCCUAGCGCAUCGCAACUAAAAGAAGCCCAGCGUGAACAACUUGAGCAUUUCUGGACAACUUGUCCGCUGUCGCAUAAAGAACUUCUUCCACCAAUAGUAUCAGAUUCAGUCGGAAAUUUAUAUAACAAGGACACUAUUCUCCGUUUUCUGCUUCCCGGAGAUGACGUUGAAGGAAUAAGCUCCAAGGCGGACUGCGAGGAGAUCUUGUGUGGGAGGGUGAAGGGUCUCCGUGAUAUCGUUGAGGUUAAGUUUGAGGUUGACGAUGUUGCUGUAGACGCCGAAGGAAAAAAGAAGAAGCGGUUUAUCUGCCCCGUUACUAAUAAAGAGCUUGGCCCCAGCGUAAGGUCUGUGUAUCUUGUGCCGUGUGGCCAUGCCUUCGCCGAAGAAGCUAUCCGUGAAAUGAAAUCGGACAAAUGCUUACAGUGCACCGAAUCCUACCAGGAGGAAAACGUCAUUCCCAUACUUCCUACAAAAGAGGCCGAAAAGGAACGUCUCAAAUCGCGUAUGCAAAAGUUGGCUGGUGAAGGCCUCACCCAUUCACUGAAAAAGGCGCCGGGUUCAAAAAAGCGGAAGAAAAAUGGAUCUGAUCCCACUGUCGCCAAAGGCGAGGCCGUUAUUGAUGGUACAAAAACAAAGGUUUCGUCCGCUCCUGGUAGCGGACCUAUUAGCAAAACCUCCACCCCCAUCCCAUCGACAGGCAGUGGAAUCAAAAAUGCUGCUACCGCAAUGUUGACAAACCGCGUUUUGGAAGAAGAGAAUGAACGCAAAAAACGGAGAAAACAGAUGGGAAAUAGCGAGGCAUUGCAGAGCCUUUUCACAUCAAGCUCGAAGAAUCAGCAAUCGAAGGACGGCGACUUUAUGACCAGAGGCUUUACUAUUCCGUCUGGAGCUAGGAGAUGAUGUGGUUGAUAGCAGCCGCCGCGAUAUCAACAUGGUGACUUGAAAUUUAUUAACCCCCGUCUAGGCUAGAGGUGCACUAUUAUGUGAUUGCUUUGUGCAUCCUUUGCACUACCAAUGGCAACGCCCUUGACGUAUUCAUAACCAGUUUUGGACGUAUGUGCGUCUAUGGUUAGUUAUGUGAAGAGGGCCCUAAUGGCCAUAUUUUCAAUUCAUUCUUUGCUCUUUCCAGGGAUCAGCAUCCUCAAAAUGUGAAGGCUAAUGAUCCUGGCUGCCCUGGUCUUUUUCUAGAGCUGAGGUCUACCCUAUGGUAUUGGUACAUUUACUGUUUCAAGUACAUGCUGUGCUGUUUUGAAUUCAUAGACCUUGCCAAUGACAAAACCAUGCAGGGGGGAUGGCAGUUGUUUUUGCACCACAAUAAGACCACAUUGCAACAUUUAUAUCCUUAA